AUGGGUAGUCACCAGUCAUGGAUGCAGAUCGUCGCCGAGAAACGCUCCCAGCGCGAUCGGUUGUUGAAGCCCUAUACAGUCUCGGAUGUGGACCAGCGACCCCCUCAGGUCCACCGGGUGCAGGAUCGCUCAUGUCUUCAGGACGAUCCUCUUUCGCACAAGAUCACGGAGAUUGACAGUAUAUGCUCCUUGCUUGAACGGCUAAAGACUGGGGAAUUCACCGCCGAGCAAGUUGUCCUGGCUUAUAUCAAAAGGGCUGUGAUAGCGCAUCAACUGACCAACUGCCUCACAGAAGUGGUUUUUGAAGAGGCAUUGGCACAGGCCCGAGCAUUGGAUCGCGAAUUCCGAGAGACCGGCCACCUCAAGGGACCGCUCCACGGUAUCCCACUCACCGUGAAGGAUCAGUUCAAUGUCAAAGGGGUGGACACCACUCUUGGCUAUGUGGGACGUUCCUUUGCGCCUGCUGCAGACGAUGCCGUUCUCAUUCAGAUGCUGAAAGACAUGGGUGCCAUCGUGCUGGCCAAAUCUAAUUUGCCGCAGAGUAUCAUGUGGGCAGAAACGGAGAAUCCUUUAUGGGGACUGACAGUCAACCCCAGAAAUCCUGCAUUUACACCGGGCGGCUCGACCGGCGGGGAGGGUGUUCUCCUGGCCUUACAGGGCUCUCUUCUAGGUCUAGGAACCGAUAUAGGCGGUAGUGUCCGGAUUCCUCAGAGUAUCAUGGGCUUGUACGGAUUCAAACCUAGUAGCGGCAGGCUUCCAUACUACGGAGUUCCGGUCUCCACAGAGGGACAGGAACACGUUCCUUCCGCCAUUGGCCCAAUGGCUCGAGAUCUGUCUUCCAUAUGCUACGUGAGUCGGCUGAUAGCCAACGCCAGACCUUGGGAACGGGACCCCAGAUGCGCUCCUCUCGAGUGGAACGAGCGGGCUUUCCAGUCCGUACAAAUUCGACCCAUGGUAGUCGGCUUGAUUCUGGAUGACGGCGUCGUGAAGGUCCACCCUCCUAUCGAGAGGGUGCUCCGACAGUUAGCCACGAAAUUGCAAGCCGCGGGCCAUGAGUUGCUUGUCUGGGAUGCGUCGGACCAUUUAGAAUAUAUCCGGCUCAUGGAUCGUUACUAUACGGCUGAUGGCUGUGAAGAUAUCCGUCGCGACAUCGAUGCAGCCGGGGAGCCACUCAUCCCCCACGUGGAAGCGCUGGUCAAACGCGGGGAGGCCAUUUCGGUCUACGACUACUGGCAACUCAAUAAGCAAAAAGUUGCACUGCAGAAAAAAUACCUCGACAAGUGGAAUGCGGCACGAUCGGCGUCGGGACAACCGGUUGAUGUUCUCUUGUCCCCCAUCAUGCCGCACUUGGCGAUUCCCCAUCGCCAAGUGCGAUGGGUUGGCUACACGAAGAUUUGGAAUCUACUCGACUAUCCCGCGAUCACUCUUCCAAUCGACCAGACGAGAGUAGGUAUGGAUGACCUUCCGGAGGAGCCAUAUCAACCACGGAAUGAACUUGACACCUGGAAUUGGAGCCUUUACGAUGUAAAGGCCUCUGAAGACCACCCAGUUGGGGUACAGGUUAUCGGGCUGAAGCUAAAUGAGGAGAAGGUGUUAGGAGCUGCAAGCGCCAUUGAGAGAAUCUGGAGAGGGCAAUGCGCAGGGAAGAGUACCUAA